AUGACGCUGAAGAAGAUCUCUGAGAAGUGUACGUCAGAUGAAACCCAGGUAGCACAGGCUUCCGAACUGGAAGGCAAGUGUGGUCUAGGGACCUUGACAAACCGCUACUGUUGUAAGAACGACCCUCCUCCCCUGUCAAACUGCCACUGGGUUGGACAGGGUGACUGCGCAGACAACACUUGCAACAACAAGGAGGUGACUCUGAUCCUGGAUCAGGGCGGUGGAGACGGCAACCUCUGCUCUUGGUGGAGAAAGAAGUCGCUCUGUUGCACUCCAGAAGAAGCCGUCUUCGGUGGCAACGGAGUAUGUCCCAAUCCAUACUGCACGUCACUGAUUGGAGACUGUGCCUCGGACGAAUGGGCAGAAGAUGAGUCUGAUGAGGACUGGUGCGACGACGACGAACAUGAUGAGCUCCGUCGUGACGAAGCAGCCAUAGCCCAGUAUGGGGCCCUAUCCCCAUUUCAACUGGAGGGACGAUCCCUUCUCGACAAAAGAGCGAAAAGAAGAAGAACUUUCGAUGCGAUUAUAGACGACAUCAUCCUACAACUAAUCAUAUCCAUCCAGAUCAUUGCUAGGGGUUACCCCGGGUCUUCCCAUCUCCGUCGUCCGACAAGGGGACCCGCGGCUUCGGAUGACGUGUUUGAACAGGCGCCAGGUUGUGGAAUUGUGGACAUUAUUGUCAAAGAUCAGCACUCUUUCACAGACGCGCAACUAGCAGCCAGAGUUGACACAGAACACAACCCGGAUCUGCAAUUCAUGAGGGAUUUCCUCCUGACCUUGGGUACGGGUAGACUCCCUGACGACUUGAACUCAACUACUGUUGCCGGUCACAUAGACCCCCAAACCAUCGACUACUGGUGGCACCACAAAUUCCCGCUGGGCACAUUUCCUACCCAGGGGAAAAGCAGAUGUAUUGCUUCGAUUAAUGACUUCCUGAUGGAUUUCUUCGGCUCCCAGGGAAACAGGAAACCCCUUCUCCUGUGCGAGCGCCAGCUGAAUCAGAUGAAGGGCAGAAUUUUCGACAGGAGAGUAAGGCCUGUUGCCGACGCCCAGAUGACUCAACUUCGACUCCAGGCAUUGAGUGGCAACACUACGGCCGAAGAAGUGUUGUUUAAUAAUAUUGCGAGGGCGAUCGCAGUGUGGAAUUACAUAAACCAUCCUGAUGUCCAGCCAACGGUCGCUACCAACCGUAACAAUUUGAUUGAGGGCACGCGUAUAAUCGCCCAGUUGAUUGGUCCACUUUCCAGGAUGCGUGCGUUGCUCCAGGAGUUCGACCCAGUUUGGUACCAGGCAGCGGCAGACAGGACGAGAAGAUGGGUGGACGAGAUGCUGGACUUGAUAUUGCAGGAUCUUGACGCUCUUACUCAGGCUGGAUUAGCACCUGCGAAUGCGCAUUCUAUUAGAUUGAGGGUAUCGCGGUUGUUGAACCGGAGGGGCGACAUCAAACCGCCACCAAAGUAA